CUAAAGCAUCUUUUAGAGUCACCUUCCUGCCACGACCCGCCGUAGAAGAAAUUGUGAAGACGGUGCGAUGAGUCCACCUGAGUCUUGCUGACCUUCGGUGGUGAUUGGCCGGUGCAGCUGUCUGUCAUCAUGCAAGGCUUCUACUCCAAGCUUGACUCCUCCUCCUCUGCCUCCUUACUGGGGGUCAGAGGUAACGGGGCUGCUGUCCCACUUAGCCUGGCUGUGGAGACAGAGAAAGCUCAAGCCCUCUUGCAGACAUUUAGCUCCGCCUCUCUCCUGGCGUCUGCGGGACUGGGUGUGUUCUGCGUGGUGGCUGACCACGCCCUCCAGCUGUCAGUCAUUCAGCAGCACCUUUGGCUGCGUGCCAGUCUGGACAACGCAACGCAUGGAUUGGUGGGUCUGUGGUCGUGGGCAGUGGUUAUUGGACUCAGAAAACGAAGCGAUGUGUAUGAGAUGCUGUUGGCCGGCCUGCUGGCGUCCAUCAUCGAUGUGGAUCACUUCUGCAUGGCCGGCUCGCUGUCACUCAAGGCUGCCGUUUCUCUCACUCAGCGUCCUCCACUCCACUGCUCCUCCCUCAUCCCCAUCCUCUGUCUGUCCCUCCGCUUCCUCAUGUGGAUUGGGCGUCUCAAAGAUGCCUGGUGCUCCUUGCCAUGGAUGCUGUUCAUCGCUAUGGCAACACACCAUGUUCGGGACGGCGUGCGCCACGGCCUGUGGGUGUGUCCGCUUGGCAGCACAGCACCUAUUCCUUAUUGGCUGUAUGUCAGUACCACGGCAACACUUCCUCAUCUCUGUUCAGUGCUCAUGUACCUGACAGGAACCAGGGACAUGAUCUCCAGCAAACACGGGAUCGCCAUCGACGUCUAGCGCUGCUGCAUUGGAAGAAUUCUGGAGGAAUAAGAGCGUUUAGAUAAUUGAACCUACUGAUGGAAACAUCUGUUAACGUGCUGACAGGGUCGUGCUGGGUUCCUUAGUUCUGUUUGUUAAUUCAGGUGUUUCAUCACUAAAAGUUGUAUUACCCCAAAUUCAUCCAAGCAACUCGUCUGACACUGGCUGGAAUUUUAUUAGUUAAUUUUGUUCUUCUUUAGGGUGCUCCCAGUAGGGGGCACCACAGCAGAUCAAUCGUUUCCAUCUCAUCUUGUCCUCUGUAUCUUCCUCUGUCACACUAACCACCUGCAUGUCCUCCCUCAGCACAUUCA